UUCAUUUAAUCUAAUCUUUCAGGCUUCUAGCAGUUCAUAAUUUCUGUAAGAUCUUUUUGCCAUACGUUGUGCAUCGAUCAUUUUCUAGAGAGAGAAUCGACCUUCAAGAGACAGAGACAGAUUCUGUGCUCGUGAAUCGGAUCUCUGAUUCCGGCGUUACCUUCGAUGUUCGUUAUAUUAUAAUCAUCAGGAUCAUCGCCUCAUCGGAUUCUUCGUUGUUAUAUUGGUAUCUGUGAAGUCGAGUGCCGGAACUUUUAUGAAUGCUCUGUAGGGUUUCAUGUGAUUGAGCGCUGCUGGUAGUUCGAUUACUUUACCGUAUUCUUGUCAUUUUGAGGGAGCUUUAAAACUUAUAGAUCACACUUUAAGCUUACCUGAAAGAGGUGUGGAUACAGUCUUAUAAAUGGUUCUUUGAUACAGUUUUAAAGAUUUUGCAGGUAUGAAAUAAGAAUUCCAGACAAAAAAUGUGGAGUUUUGGUUCAAAAGCCAUUGCUAGUAACAAAUCUCCAAGACCUAACGAACCACCUUGUUCAGAUUGCUCAGAAUCAGAUGAUGAGAUCUCCAUAGAUAACAACACCCAAGAAGAAGGUGAAGGUCUAGAAUGCCCAAUUUGCUGUGAAUCCUUCAAUAUCGUAGAAAAUGUGCCCUAUGUUUUGUUAUGUGGCCACACCCUGUGUAAAAACUGUGUCCUAGGGUUACAAUCGUCUGUUGUAAAACUCCUCCCAAGUUUCCCAAUUCACCUCCCAUUUUUCAUUUCUUGCCCUUGGUGCAAUAAUUUAUCAUUUCGGAUCCUUUACAAAGGAACCCUCAAGUUUCCUCGCAAGAAUUACUUUCUUGUUUGGAUGGUUGAGAGCUUAAACGGUGAUAGAGUCAUCAAGUCUCAUUCCUCUUAUUUGGACAAUCAUCAUCAUCAUCCUGUUUGUCAAACCGGGUCUGUGGGCCCACGGGUUCAUCAUGACCCACCACCCGAAAGGCUCCAUUUGUCGCUUCGUAAGUCGUUGAUGUUUUUUGUUAAUUUAACGGCUAAGUUUCCGUUGAUUUUUAUGUUUUUGGUUAUUGUUGUUUAUGCGAUUCCUGCAAGUAUAGCAAUAUUGCUUUUGUAUAUUCUUGUCACUAUUCUGUUUGCUGUUCCAUCUUUUCUUGUUUUGUAUUUCGCAUACCCUGGUCUUGAUUGGCUUGUUUCAGAAAUUGUCAAUUAAGUGUGUGCAUUGUUUCUCUUGUUUGUCAAUGUCAACUGUCUUUUCCAUUUCCUGUAUGUAAAAAAGGACAUUUUCUUGUGAAUAUAAUUUAAUGGUGGUUAUAUGUUUUA